GUUCCUGCAGCGGGGCAGCGGGGACCCGGCCAAAGCCCGGGGAAGCUGCUUGAGGGGGCGAUGGCCGCGCCAAGCCCGGGGCCUCGUGAGAUCCUGGCCCCCUCCCCAGAGGCUGGACACCCAGCAGCCACUUCAGGUGCCCGUCACCAUGGCCUCCUCUGGCGCCUACGAGACAAGCAGUUGCGUCUUGGCCUGUUUGAGAUCGGCCCAGGGCAUGAACUGCAUGGGCUGACGUGUAUGAUGCAGGCAGGGCUGUGGGCUGCCACCCAGGUCUCCAUGGACAACCCACCCACGGGGCCAACCACCCAGGAGGAUUUCUCAGAAGUCAUGACCCAGGUUCACGAAGAGGGCUUCGAGCUGGACACGCUUGCUGGCCCUGCCUUCGCCCGCCUGCGCCGCUCCCUGGGCCUGACCGAGGAGGACUAUCAGGCCACACUGGGCCCCGGUGGCCCCUAUCUGCAGUUCCUCAGUACCUCCAAGAGCAAGGCCAGAUUCUUCAUGUCCCAUGACCAGCGCUUCUUCCUGAAGACCCAGUGUCGCCAGGAGGUGCAGGUGCUGUUAGCUCACCUGCCCCGCUACAUGCAGCACCUUCAAAGGCACCCGCACUCGCUGCUCGCCAGGUUGCUGGGAGUGUACAGUCUGCGGGUGGCCCAGGGAAAGAAGAAGUACUUCAUCGUCAUGCAGAGUGUCUUCUAUCCUGCCGGGCGCAUCUCCGAGAGAUAUGACAUCAAGGGCUGUGAGGUGAGCCGCUGGGUGGAGCCAGCACCUGAGGGCAGCCCCCUUGUCCUGGUACUGAAGGACCUCAAUUUUCAGGGCAAGACAAUCAAUCUAGGGCCCCAGCGGAGCUGGCUCCUCCGCCAGAUGGAGCUGGACACCACCUUCCUGCGGGAGCUCAAUGUGCUGGAUUACAGCCUCUUGAUGGCCUUUCAGCUUCUCCAUGAGGAUGAGAAGGGCUCAAGCAGCAAUCUCAUCAUUCGCAUGGCCAGGUCUAUGCACGGUGUUCAAAGCUCGGAGGAACCAGGAUCCCAGAACCGCCGGCUGCUGCCGGACACCUCCAACGCCAUCCACAUCCUGGACGGGCCUGAGCAGCGCUAUUUUCUGGGCCUAGUGGAUCUGGCCACUGUCUACGGGCUUCGCAAACGGCUGGAGCACCUGUGGAAGACAUUGCGCUACCCUGGCCGGACCUUCUCUACCGUCAGCCCGGCUCGCUAUGCCAGUCGCCUGUGCCAGUGGAUGGAAGCGCACACCACCGAGUGACCCACGUCGGGCAUCCCUGGGUUCCUUCUCCCGAGCUGCCCAAGCGGGAGGCGGGAAACGCGCCUGCUGUUCCUCUUGGUGACCACCGGGAGGCAGCAUUUCCCCAACUAAAGCUGUAAGCGCCCAGCUGCGGUGGUGGUGCUGUGCCACGCGCAGUGCCGAGGACUCCCCUCCAUUAUCUCAUUUAGCCCUCAGAAACGCUAGGAAUCUCUUUUUUACGGACCACAAGAUGGAGGCUUAGGACAUAAAGGAGCUGAGUAAGAGCAUUCAGCAAUAAAUGCCGGAACCAACACCUAUCAUGCCUUGUGGACCUGGGAGCGUGUAUUCUCAAGUCACCGGCUCCCACAGCUCAAGCCCCUGCUGGAGGGAAGCGGGAGGCUGAAGGCUCCGUCCCUGGUCCCUCUAGGGGGACAGGAGCCCAGAGACUUUGAGGGGCUAAUGCCCCGUAAGCAGCAACGUCAAUUUAAUAACCCACGCCCCUCGACUCCCUGCUGUGACUCAGGCCCCGCUGUUUCCUUCUGGGAUGCAGGUAGAAGGAGAUGGGCCAGUGGCCAGCUUCCGGAGGUGAGUCUGGGAGGCACUUGGAAGGAUCACACUGUCGAUAUUGAGUGACCUCUGAGAUCCUCAGGCUUUUCCCAUCUGAGAAAUGUGCUCAGUGCUGAAGCCAUUGUCUGGACUAGGGUGUGUAGCCCCUGACCACCCAUUCUCUCUCUUCUGGAAAACCACCUUGGCCUCUGACCCCAGUCCAGUCCAAUCAGGCUUAAGGGACUUCUCCUUCCAAGCUGGCCAUAUGACCAGGACAAGGUGCUAAAUCUCUCUGUGCCUCAGUGGUCUAAUGUGUAAAAUGGGAAUGAUAUAAACAGAUCUCAUUAACUCAUUAAACACUAACUGAGCUCCCGCCCUGUGAUGGGUGACAGAGUCCUAGGGAUGACAGCCUCAUGGAGAAGUGGGGGGUGGGCAGAGCUGGGGGGAGGAACGUUAUACAAUCAUUUUAUCUUCUACUGAUAUCUACUUCUAAACUGAGACCAGUAGGGUCAGACAUGUCCCUUUUGGGUCCCAGUGCAUAAUGAAGGGGACUAACAUUUGAGAGAGAGAGAGAGA